AUGAGCUGGCGUGAACAGCCCAGAGAUACUCCUGAAGAUGGCUACGAGUGGAUCUCCACCUUCCUGAAAAACUACGACGGCGACUUGCUGGAGUUUGAGCUGGACGUUGACAGCGAGCAUUUCUACGACAACAUGGACGUUCUACUAGGCGUUCAAUCUCCCCAUGACCACCGCAGAACACCGCUCCAACUCACCCCGUCGGUUUUGAGCGUGAUCUCGGAUCUCCAGGCCUCGUCGACGAAGGCUGAAGUGCAGGAAGUAGCGCAAGUACCGUCGAUUUCGUUUUGUGACUUGCUGAAGGAGGCACAGACAGCAGCCAAGCGUGGACUUCAGGUUCAAGCUUCUCGCAAUGCAGCGACAACUCCUCGUAAGGCACAGGAUCGUCGUGCUCUAAAGCAUCAGAGCCUGCUUGCGACGGCUGCAGCAACGGCCAAAACCUACGAGAAACCAGUGACUCGUUCGAGCUCGCGCAAGAAACUCAAUCGUCGUCUCUUCGACGAACGAGGACAAUAUCUACAACACCCUAUUGGCAGCUCGACCAUCAUCAAUUGCGAGCACCCAGCCGCUAACUGCUAG